CGUCGUGAGACAAGCUUUAAUCCGGAGCGGGCGCGAUCUUUCAGUUGGUUCAGGAGUGUCGGAUCAGCCCAGCUGUAUUCUCUCCACGGAGCGUGCGCAGAAUUAUAGUGCUAAGGGGUUCGGGAUCAGAGCCGCGCGCCGCCAUAUUUGUUUUUCAAUCGCCAGUGUGUGUGUGUUUCAGCUCCGUUGCCUGAGUCUCCGGGUGUGUGUGUGAGUGCGAAAGACCAUUGGGUGCAUUCUCCAAGAAUUCCGAAUCGAGAUUUUCUUGAAUUUGAAUAAGGCCUGCAACGGGAAUUCAAUUCCCAGCUCUAUUGUGUGUGUGUGUGUGUAUGCUGUCACCCCGCUAUGUACGAGUGUGCGUGUGCCCAUGUUGCUGUGAACCCGAUUGAGAAUGCGAACGUUGGUGUGAGUGCAAGUGGCUCUGAGUGCGCGGCGAAAAAUAUCCGCUUACCUAAGCCAAAAAGCUCUCUGGCAACGGUCUAAGAACGCACCUGGGUACAGACACAGUCACAGAAAACACAGCAACAGCCGCAGAAAUACCUGUGGACACAAACGAGGCCAGCACACAAAGCGAAACCAGAAAGUCCACAUUUUUGGACCUGCUCUCCGCCCUUCCCCUCUCUCCGCGCCGCGCACUCGAGUGGAACACCGCUCUUUAGCUACAGCUACCGCACUACGAGUUAGUAAUUCCGCUACGUAGUCACAAUGGGUGACUCCACGCCCAUCUGUAGGUGCCGCGUGCUCUACCUGGGCAGCGCCGUGCCGCGCCAGAGCAAGGACGGUCUGCAGGGCAUCCAGGAGCCGCUGCGCAGCCUCUAUCCCUCGGAGGGGGCAGUGGGCGCCAAGGGAAUCGACAGUUGGCUGAGCGUCUGGUCGAACGGCAUUCUGCUGGAGAACGUGGACGAGAACCUUAAGCAGAUCACGCGCUUCUUCCCGAUUGAGUCGCUGCACUACUGCGCCGCCGUGCGGCAGGUUCUCAUUCCAGAGCGUGGGAACGCCCAUCCGGAGCCAAAAUUCCUGCCGCUGGACUCACCCUUCGCGCGAAUGCCGCGCGCCCAGCACCCACCCAUCUUCGCCGCCAUCUUGCGACGCACCACCGGCAUCAAGGUGCUCGAGUGCCACGUCUUCAUCUGCAAGCGGGAAGCGGCCGCGAACGCGCUAGUCAGGUGUUGCUUCCAUGCCUACGCCGACAACUCGUACGCUCGCCAGCUGGAGACGGGCGGAUCGGGCGGUAGCGUCUAUGGCACCUUGAAGAGCGCUGCCGGAAGCAAGUCCAGUGCUGACGCGACCAACGGAGUCGGAAACGAAAGCGGAUUCGGAGGCGGUAACCACCAUCUAGCCCUUUCCAGCCAAGCUGACUGGCAGUCGCGGGCGGGCAGCACAACGACGUUGAAUAGUCUGGGACGGGGCUCUAACGGCCACGCCAAUGGAUCAGCGAUGGGCACAAAUGGUGGUAUCGCAGCCGAGGGUUACACAUCCGUUAAAAACUUUUACGGCAGCAGCGCUGACCUUAACGUCACAGUCGAUGAUGGAGAGGCUUCGUGCAAUGGCGACGAGAACCAUAAGGUGUGGAGUGGAUCGCAGGAUCAGUUGAACAGCAUUGGUCCCCAAGAAAGUCCUUAUGAGCUGUUUGCGGGAAACACAUCAACAUUGGGGAGGCCCCUUCGGGCUCGCCAGAUUAGCACACCGAUCGAUGUGCCGCCUCCGCCGGUGAAGGAGGAGCGCAAGACAAAGCGAGACAAGAAGGUGUCCAGGUCGAGCGGCAGCCAAAGCCUGUCCGGCACCCUCAUUCGACCGAAGCCAGUACACCCGGCGGCGCUUCAUCGCUCCGGCUUCCAAGGAGCGGCAGGAGCUGGCAGCAUGGUCUACGGACCCGUCUCCGGACCGCAAUCUGCCCGUUUCCACACGAUCAGUCAUCGCGGCUUUCCCCCGGGGCCGACCAGCCACCUGGCCCACCACCCACAGCCCCAUCUACCACAGCACCAGGUCCAUAUGAUGCACCACUCACACAUGAGUGGACUUCCUACCAUGCCGAUCCCAGUGAUGAUGCCGCAGCAGUACGCCACCCUUCAGACGUCUCGCUCAACUAGCAAGAAAAAGAAAAAGGACAAAAAAAAUGGGUCUGGUGGUGGUGGAGGAGUGCCCGUCGGCAUGCCCAUUGUGCCGCCCAUCUACGCCUACCAUCACCAACAACAGGCCAUGGGCGCUCCGUCCCCCCAGUUGACCCAGUCCCAAAUCGGGGAGCCACGUCCACUGGUCCAUUCAAGCCGAAAGCUUGCGGCAUCGAUGGGCAACGGAUUGGAUGACUCUGGAAACUCGGGCGCGGAAUCGCCAUCGCCGGGCGGCACUGGCAUUUACAAGCGCAAAGGACACCUGAACGAGCGAGCGUUCAGCUACUCUAUACGCCAGGAGCAUCGUAGCCGCAGCCAUGGAUCGUUGGCAAGCCUGCAGUUUAAUCCUCCGGACAUAAAGAAGGAACGCGAGAUCGCUCAAAUGGUGGCUGGUCUUGACCUGAAUGAUGGUGAGCUACCUAUGGGCCCGAACACGUUGCAGCGCAAGCAGGCCAUGACAAUGUCAAAUGGAGGAGGACAGGGUCCGGGACCUGGUCAGAACCCUCACGCUCACCAUUCUCACCCACAUGCCAUCUACGGCCCACUGGGAUCAGCCAGCAGCUUCGGAAUGCCGCGAAGAUAAGAUUUGAUAUGUCUACAACAUCACUUCCGGACUGAACUGCGAACCGCGAAGUUUAAAAAAAUUAGACUUACACAACUUUGAGCGAUGCUGGUCAAAUUAAAGAAGGGAGUGAUGUAGAAUGAAGAAAACCUUCUGUCAUUGUUGUACACCAGAUUAAAAAGACGGCAGCUGAACAGUUUAGCGACGCUCCAACUCAACAUAAACGAAUAUGUGUGCCUUAUUAGGUUUAUACUAAAAGAAUGUGCGCUCGCUAGUAACCAUGAAUCCACGAGAUACCAUAUAUUAAUAUACUAACCAUUAUAAAACAUAGUGUAGACUAUUAUAAUGCGAUCGCAAUGUUGUAGCAACCAUUAUCCGACGUAACCGAUAAGACGGAGAAACACACCUUAAUCGUAUAUUACUUGUAUGCUGAUUGAAUAUGUACAAUAAAUACCUACAAUAAACAGUUAACUGAGUACGA